GGCUGGGCCGGGCGGGGCGGUCCCGCGGCGGCGGGGGCUGCAGCCGGAGCAGGAGGACGCCCCCCUGCGCGCACACGCCGCUUCCUCUGGGCCCGCGGACGAGGUCCAGAAAAUGGCAUAGUAAUAAAUUCACCGUCCAGUGACCUGGAGUCCCUCUUUGGCAUCUGUGAACACUGCUUGGACUGAUCUGAAGCUUUUGUUUUGGACUAAAGGAACUUGCCCACUGCUUGCCCUGAAAACCUUUCUCUCCUAAUUCAUGAGCCAGCAGGAUGCGGUCGCUGUGCUUUCAGAACGCCUUCUCAUAGCUGCAUACAAAGGCCAAGUGGAUAAUGUGGUGCAGCUUAUCAACAAGGGUGCCAAGGUAGCAGUUACCAAGCAUGGCCGGACCCCUUUGCAUCUUGCUGCCCAUAAGGGCCAUCUCCGUGUUGUCCAGAUUUUGUUGAAGGCAGGCUGUGACCUUGAUAUUCAAGAUGAUGGUGACCAGACGGCGUUGCAUCGGGCGGCUGUUGUAGGGAACACAGAUGUAAUAGCAACUCUUAUUCAAGAGGGGAGCUCUCUGGACAGACAAGACAAGGAUGGCAAUACAGCUCUUCAUGAAGCAUCUUGGCAUGGAUUCAGUCAGUCUGCCAAACUGCUUGUUAAAGCAGGAGCUAAUGUUCUUGCCAGAAACAAGGCAGGUAACACACCUCUGCACUUGGCUUGCCAGAAUAGUCAUUCUCAAAGCACUCGUGUUCUGUUACUUGGAGGAUCUCGGGCAGAUCUCAAGAAUAAUGCAGGAGAUACCUGUUUGCACAUUGCUGCUCGUUAUAAUCACUUGCCCAUCAUUAGGGUACUCCUCAGUGCUUUCUGUUCUGUCCAUGAAAAGAACCAGGCUGGAGAUACUGCACUACAUGUAGCUGCUGCACUAAAUCAUAAAAAGGUGGUUAAACUCUUACUGGAAGCAGGAGCUGAUGCAUCCAUUGUCAACAGUGCAGGUCAGACACCUCUAGAGGUUGCCAGACAGCACAAUAAUCCAGAGGUUGCUCUUCUCCUCACUAAAGCAUCUCAGGUCUCACGUUUUAAUCGUGGAAGAAGCCUGAGAAAGAGGAGAGAGAGACUGAAGGAGGAAAGGCGAGCUCAGUCUGUACCAAGAGACGAAGUGGUACAGAGCAAGGGCAGCGUGUCAGCUGCUGAUGACACUCAUAGCAGUGACCAGGCACCCCAGAGGAAAGAUCUGAAAGAUGAACCCCCAUCAGCCUCUCCAGAUCCCAGAGGAAAGAACAAAAAGAAGAAACUAAAAGGAAAGACUUCAGCACUCUCAGACCCCACUUCACCAGCUGACCAGCAGAUGCUCCCUGGUCCUCAACAGAAUUUGCCCAAACGGAGAAGUAAACACCGCUGCUCGUCGCCACCACCUCCACAUGAGUUCAGAGCCUACCAGCUGUACACACUGUAUCGUGGAAAAGAUGGGAAAGUAAUGCAGGCUCCGAUAAAUGGAUGUCGUUGUGAGCCCUUGAUCAAUAAAUUGGAGAAUCAGCUGGAGGCAACCGUGGAAGAAAUAAAAGCUGAGUUUGGGACAGUGCAGGAUAAUAUGAAUGCCAAGCUGGGUCAGAUGGAGAACAGAACUCAACAUCAACUCCGUGUUUUAGAUAAGCUGAUGUCUGAGAGGCUAUCUGCGGAGAAAACAGAAUGCCUUCACCGCCUUCAACAGCAUGCUGAACUGGAAAAAAAUGAGGGCGAGAAACGGCAGAUUUCUUUGGUGGAUGAAUUGAAAACCUGGUGCAUGCUAAAGAUUCAGAAUCUGGAGCUCAAACUUUCUGGAGAUUCUAGAUCUUCAAGACCAAAAUCAACUCUGUCAACUUGUGAGUCCCUCACUGAGACCCUGGAUACAGAGAAUCCCCAUAGUGCCAAGGAUGGUAAAACUAACCAGACGCCACUGCAGUCAGAGGGUUCACAGCAACAUUCCUAUAUCACUCUUCAGAACAGUCUCUCAGAAGACAUGGGCAGGAGUAAAGGCCAAACAUCAGAACAAAGUUUUGGAAAGCAUUAUUUUGUUCCACAAGACAGCAUGUCAGGUGGAGAACAACAAUUGGUAGCCACUGGUCCAGCUCCUUCUGCAGUUGCUCCUCAAGCUGUUAGGCCUAAGGACAAAGCUGUUAGCUCUGCUGCUAUCAACCGGUUCCAGCAGGAGCUGCCAUCGUCAGAGCUUUUAGGUUCCAAAUUAAGACAUGUUAAGGUACAAACUGCUUUGCAGCCCUUGACAGAACUUGCAAAGACUGAGCAACAGAGUGGCUACUUCAUAAACAAAGGAACUCAGACAAAGAAAUCUAGCAAGAGUGGGCAGUCAAGACACAGGCCUCAGCAGCAGUCAGUAACACAUCAGACCCAACAGCAGCAGCCACCUGCUCUGCCUUCAGGUGAUCAUUCCACUCCUCAGAUCAGAGACACUUCCCAAGCGCUAGAGAUUACUCAGUACUUUUUUGAGGCUGUUUCCACUCAAAUGGAAAAGUGGUAUGAACGCAAGAUUGAAGAAGCUCGGUGCCAAGCUAAUCAGAAAGCGCAGCAGGACAAAGCCACACUCAAAGAACAUAUUAAAAGUUUAGAGGAGGAGCUCAAUAAAUUAAGGACUAAGGUACAAAAGGAAAGCUAACAUCCAUGAAUCAGGUGCAGGAAAGGAGAUGUUGCAAGACUGGUUUUGGAAUCUGUUGGUAUACAGAACAUUGUGCAUGUUAUGUGCAAACAAAAGAUGCCCUUUUUAAGGAGCGAAAAUAAUGUGAGGUGUUUCAGUGACACAGAGCAAAAAUUCAGGUAGACUGUCUAUAUAGGCAAAAGUAUAUCUUUGGAGAGCAGACAUUUUCUUAAGAUGAAUUUUACAGUUACAGAUUAGAAGUAUCAGGUAUUCCCAUGAAAAAAACUACCCAAAAAAUCACUUUCCAAAAGAAAGAAUGCUUUCAGUUUCCUGUUGGGUCAUAAACAAACACCAAAAGCCAAACUUUCUGGAUAGUUGUUUUCACAGACAAAUAUCAUUUUAUAGUGGUGUGGAACAAAAUUGAGAUGUAUACUGGGGAAAUCUUGUUAGAAAUGAGUUACUUUAUUACAGAGGCUUCCUACUGACAUUUUAUUUUCUUGGGUUGCAUUAUUAUAACAGCGUGUAACUGAUUUCCUUUUAACAACUAUUAUUUGAGUAUAUGAUUGGUGAGGAUAUCUGUACUCAAGUAACCUUUUUGAAAACUUACAGUAUCUUAGAGAAGGUGAAUGGCUAAUAUUGUCUCGAAUCCACACAACUUUUGUAUGCAUGCAAGAAGUCUUCACUGACUGCCUUUCUUGCAUGCAUACCAGCCUCUGGCUUCUUUACUAUUCCUUCCAUCUAGGAAGAGCAAACACCAACUGCAGAUGCUUACUCAGCCUGAUGAAGGGUAUUUAUACAUGAAAGCUUGCUAAAAAGAAUUUUUCCAACUGUCUGAGUUGGUCUAAUAAAAGAUAUCGGAUUUACCCAAAGAACCUUGUCUGCUAAAGACAUACAGCAACACACAAACUAAGGGUGAAAUCUUGGUUCCACUGAAAUCAAUGACAAACUCACUAGUCUCAACACCACCAGGAUUUCCACCUGAACAACUUGUUCAGCAUAUCCAUUAGUUUCUUUGAUCUUCUCUUCGCCCCCCGGGCCUGGUUCCAGAGCUGUCCCUAGGGGUGUGCAGGGCCCAGAGCAUAUCAGCCUGUGGGGGGCCUGGGCUGGGUGGCGAGCAACCAGAGCUGGCAGAGCGGGUGGGGAUGGCAGGAGUUGCCAAGCGGCCGGAGCAGGGGAUGGGGAGGUGGCAAGCAGCUGGAGCUGGCAGCGGAUGGCGGCAACGGCGGGAUCUAUGUGGCACUGAACGCGGGGCCCCCCAAAGCACAGGGCAGUUGCCCCAGUUUGCUCCCCACCUCCAGGGACGGCCCUACCUCGUUCCCUUUAUGUGGAAAGAGAGACAUCUUGUAUAUCUACAGUUCCUAAAUUAAAAUUCAUUCUACAGAUAAGCAGGCUUAAUCAUUACACAGCUGUAAACUGAUUCACAGAACCAACUUUUUUAACAAGACUCAGAGCCAUUUGGAUGUAUCUUUCCUAAAAAAAAAAUGGAAAACUUGGAACGUUGUACCCAAAGUUCUCCUCUGUGAUUUGCUACUCAGAAAUACAAGCAACCCCCGCUUAGUGCUUAAUUGGUUCCUGAAUGUAAAACAAGUAUUAUAGUGAAAAAGCGAGAAGCAAAACAGCGUUAAGCAGGAGUCCUUGACUACAUUGGGCCCUCAUUGUACUAGGUCCUGAACAACCAUAACAUACCAAAGCUAAUUUCAUCUGCAGUCCCUCUUGGGUUUCCUGCUUGCAUCAGGUAGGAGGCACACAAGGUACUAUUAACAGGGACAAACUUAUUUAAUAGAUACUGACAGCCCGGAAACAGCUCUCUCAAACCGCAGCACCCUACCAAGGAAAAAGAUAGAGGCAACCUCUUGACAAUGGAAACUCAGAUCAACAUGACAAUACUGUCACAUGUUAACACAGCAUGAACUAUUUACAAAUCCAACUUUUUUCAUUUUAGUAUAAAGCAAAGAAAAUUGUAUUAUAUUACAGUAUUUUUAAUUCUUAUUAACGCACUAUCCAGACAAGUACAGUAUAUCUGUAGUAAUUGAGAUAUUUGUUAGUUUUACUGCUUUGACUUCAGUAGUCAAAAAAUAAAGAUUUUAGACACUUUAGUAUGUUUACAAUUUUUAAGUCAGUUGUUUUAACUAUGUAGGAAUGUAGAGGAACAGCUAUUUAAUUUUUGUACCUUAAUAAAGUGAAUGUUUUCGCCAAGUAAUUAAACAUAAAUGUUGCCAAGAAAUCCAUUUUCAUGUUUUUUACUUUUGCUAAUUUGAACAUCAAUGAAUCUAUAGGAUGUGUAAACUGGAGGGAAAAGAGGUGGUGUAGUCUAAAUAGAGAUGGUAAUUAGGGUCCUGACUUCUAAUGCUGAUUUGUCGUAGAUUUUCUUCAUACAGAACACAAAACUGCACGGCAUCUUGGCUGUGCCUGAAGAGCUCAUUGCCACUUUUGAAAGUGUACCUUUCUUUUUCUUGGAGUAAAUAGUAGAAGUGAAAAGCAACAUCAAGUUGGUUUAGGACAGGGUUCUCCAACUGGUGGCCUGCAAUUUGUAUGCAGUCACCGAGGUUAAAGCUGCAGCCCCCAGGCUCCAAGUCCAGAUGCCUGUCCCUCAGUGGCUGGCUACUCAGCCUGAUAGAAAUACUUUACCAAGCUGGCAGAGGUAGCUUCGUAAAAACACCCUUCAGUCAUAAAAACAUCUACCAACCAGCAGACCUGUCAAUAUUAACAAUGUCCUGAAUGGUUACUUAUUUUUAAGAACACCUUACAGAAAAGAUUCCUAAAAGACUGUAAUGCUUAAGAAAUGCUAACACAGAAAACAAAAAAACCCCUAUCUUUAAUUUAUUAUUAACUUAAUUUUUUAUUUUUGCCUAUUUUUGGCACUUCUUUUUUUCUCCUUUGACACGUUAUACCCCAUACUUGGUUAUCUAAAUAGAUACGGUGUGUCAUUUUUUGUGAUAGCCAUAAAUUCAGGGUAACAGAGGCAAGCAAGAAAAAAACCCCUUUAUACUGUAUUCCAUCUUUACACAUUACGAGUAUUUUAGUACAAGGCCACUGUCUUGACCAACUGGUGCAUUAAGUGCUGUAUUUCUCACUGGGAUAAAGUCCAUUGGUUCUCAGUGAAAUAAAGUCAGGAUUUUGCCAGCUGAAGUGUUUUCUUAAGCUCCUGAAGUUGAAUGUUGCCAUGAGUUAUCAUCAUCUUAAUUGUAUCCUGUAAAGAGAAAUGGAAUCUGCUGAACUGAACAUAUGUGCUGUAACCUGUUACAAUAUACAGAUUUUCACAAGA